CCAGUCCCUCUGCAGGGGAUCGUGGCUGACGUCCAGGUGACAGGCUUUGUGGCCAAUAUAUCGGCGACUCUCAAGUAUAAGAACGAGGAGAAGAAGGCGGUGGAAGCGGUCUUUGUCUUCCCCAUGGAUGAAGACUCCGCCGUCUACAGCUUUGAGGCCACAAUAGAGGGGAAGAAGAUUGUAGCCGACCUUCAGGAGAAGAAGGAGGCUCACAAAACCUACGAUGAGGCCAUGAGCCGAGGCGAUCAAGCCUUCCUCUUGGAGGAAGAUGAGAGCUCUGCGGACGUCUUUAGCUGCAGUGUUGGGAAUCUCCCUCCUGGCCAGGAGGCCGAGGUCACCUUGAAAUAUGUGCGGGAGUUGCCGGUGGAGGCAGAUGGAGCUGUGCGUUUUGCUCUCCCAGCCAUCCUUAACCCGAGAUACACCCCAAAAGGUACAAAUCAGGAUGUGAGCAUAACGGCUACACGUCCUCAGGUGCCGAUUGGUGAGAUCCCGUACACGCUGAGUCUGAAGGCUCACUUCAAGUCCACCUAUGGCAUCGCCAAGAUCGAGUCCAACUGUACCAUCACCCCCAUGGAGUACACAGAUUGUGACAAGACUAGUGCCCAGGUGUCGCUGGAGGAGGGACACAAGUUCGAUCGAGAUGUAGAAAUACUGGCUUAUUAUACAGAUGUGAACAAACCCAGCGUCAUUGUGGAGGCGGGGCUUGGAGUUACAGCCGCUGGGUCCAUUAUGGCGGAGUCAGUGGCCAUGUUAAAUUUCUACCCCAGUUUCCCAGCUGGACAGGAGCAGUCCAAUUGUGGCGAGUUUAUUUUCCUUGUGGACCGGUCCGGCAGUAUGGAGUGUUCAAUGAAUAAUGAGCCAAAUGCCCCGCAGCGGAUUCAUAGUGCCAGGGAGACUCUGGUUCUUCUGUUGAAGAGUUUACCUCUCAGGUGUUAUUUUAAUAUCUAUGGCUUUGGCUCCCAUUUCGAGGCUUUCUUCCCAGAGAGUGUGGAGUACACACAGAAAUCCAUGGAGAAGGCGGUGAAGAAGGUCAAUGAAAUGGACGCGAGCUUUGGGGGAACAGAAAUCCUCCAACCCCUACAGAAGAUCUACCAAACAGGCGGGAGAGCCGAGCACCCCCGACAGCUUUUUGUCUUCACGGAUGGAGAAGUCGGGAACACAAAGCAAGUGAUCAACGAAGUUCAGAAAAAUGCUCAGAAACACCGGUGUUUUACAUUCGGGAUCGGUGAAGGAGCCUCCACGUCUCUUAUUAAAGGCAUGGCCCGGGCUGGAAGUGGAACCUUUGAAUUUAUCACCGGCAAAGACCGCAUGCAACCCAAGGUUCUUCGGGCACUCAAAUGCUCCUUACAGCCCACUGUGAAGGACGUCUCUCUCACAUGGACCCUUCCUUCUGGUGUGGAAGCCAUCGUCUUGUCCCAAGUGCCCAAUGCCAUCUUCCAGGGUCAAAGAUCUAUUGUCUACGCUCAGCUGAAGGGAAAGGUGGAGAGUGAAGUGGAAGGUGAGGUCUGCCUGCAGUACAAGUUUAAAGAUGAAAUCGUAAAGAACGAUCUUCGUUUCCCACUGAAGGUGCAGAAUGCAGAAAGCCCCACCAUCCACAGACUGGCAGCCAAAACUCUGAUCUCUGAGCUUGAGCAUGGAACAGAGACUCAGUCUGAAGAAGUCAAGAAGAAGAUCUUGGAGACCAGUCUGCAGUCUGGUGUUGUCUCCUCUCUCACAGCCUAUGUAGCCGUCAACAAGGACAGCAAGACACGUGUGGAGGGUCCUGCUGUGCGCAGGGAUGUCCCAGCUCCAGGUAUGUCGUUUUCACAUUUCAAUGCAGCAGAUCGAUCCUUAACUCCACUAACAACGUCUGUCUAUCUUAGAGAAGGCAACAAAUAG